AUGAAAUUACAUAUAUGGGGCCAGGGGAUAGAGCCCUCUGUCAUUAGUCCAGAAUGCAUUGCUUCAGCGUGGUUAAUAUGCCAAGUGUUGGAUUCCACGGAGUUCCAGAUAGUAACUUCAAAUAACACUAACAUUUCAGACAUUGGUAAACUCCCAGUUCUUAUAACAAAAGAUGAUGGUAAGCUCAAUGGUUAUGAAGAUAUAGCAAAUUAUUUACUUAAAGGUGAUAACUUGAAAGGGAAAAUUAUAAAGGCAGAAGAUCAAGUUUUAGAUUUUACAUUGAUGCAUUUUCUUCAAACACGCUUUGAUGCUCUUAAUAAGUAUAAUUUGUAUGGGGAUACAAAGAAUUAUGAAAUUUAUACAAGAAAACUAUACCCCAAAUUUUUGCCAUUCCCAAUGAUAUAUAACCAACCUUCCAAACUUCAUACUGAGGCGUUGGAACAAGCUCAACUUUUUGGACUUGGAUCUAAGAGCCUGGGAUUCUUAGGAUUCUUGGGACUUGCCAAAACCUCAGAUGAGAUCAUACCAGAUACAGAGUAUAUUAAUUCUUCGCAAGAUAAUGAUGAAGAAGAAGAAGAUUAUGAUCAUGAUGACGGAAAGGAACAGAAGCCCAUAAGUUCCUUGCACGAAGCACAAUUGAUUCAGAAAUCGAAGAAGAAGGCCUUAUUAAAGGAAACAAGAACAUCAAUAAAAUGCAUGAAUCUUUUAGGGAAGUACUUGGGUCAAUUGACAAUCUUAUCCGAGAAAAAUGAAUUUAAAUUUGGUACCUCAGAGCGUAUAACCCCAUCUGAGCUCCUAUUCCUUGCCUAUAUGUAUGCUCUUACAUAUGACGGGCUUCCAAACAGAUUUCUUUUCCAAUACUUGAGCACUCAAAAGAAACAUAUUUUGGAUUCUGUUAAAGUACCAAUACAAGAUUUCCAAAAGAAUAUGGAAUUUAGCACCUUUACACAACCAAGUUCCAGUGAGAGCCCUUCACUUUGGAAUGAAAUCCUAUAUCAAUUCAAUAAGUUAACCUAUUAA